UGGAUGGGAAAAGGCGCCGAGGUGGGGGAAGGAGCCCUGCCUCCGGGGUAGGUCGGUUCUUGGUGCUUCGUGGAUUUUCUGUCCGGUUCAGCUGUUGUCUGCCGGUCGGUUCAGUCAUGGCAGCGAUCCUCAGAACCGCUUUCAGACACAAGCUCAUUCCACCUUUGGGACGGAUGUGCUACUCAUCAUCUCCGCCUACAACAAAAUUAUUUAUUGAUGGAAAGUUUAUUGAAUCAAAUACCUCUGAAUGGCUUGACAUCCACAACCCUGCAACAAAUGAAGUGAUUGGCAAAGUGCCAAAGGCCACUCAGGAGGAGAUGCUUGCAGCCGUGAACUCCUGUGAGCGAGCUUAUGUUUCGUGGUCAGAAACAUCAGUACUGACUCGACAGCAGAUUUUUCUAAAGUACCAGCAACUAAUCAAAGAGAACCUGACAGAAAUUGCAAAGCUCAUUACAAAAGAACAAGGAAAAACCUUGGCAGAUGCUGAAGGGGAUGUUUUCAGAGGCUUGCAGGUUGUUGAGCAUACUUGCAGUAUCACUUCUCUCAUGCUGGGUGAGACCUUGCCCUCCAUCACCAAAGACAUGGACACAUUCACUUACCGUUUGCCAUUAGGGGUGUGUGCUGGCAUCACUCCCUUUAACUUCCCAGCCAUGAUUCCACUCUGGAUGUUCCCUGUGGCUUUGGUUUGUGGAAACACCUAUCUGCUUAAACCUUCAGAGCGUGUACCUGGAACUGCCAUGUUGCUGGCCAAGUUAUUCCAGGAUACAGGAGCUCCAGACGGAACGCUUAAUAUUAUCCAUGGACAGCACGAUGCUGUGAACUUCAUUUGUGACCACCCGGCUAUCAAGGCUAUCAGCUUUGUGGGCUCCAAUCAAGCUGGCGAGUACAUCUACACAAGAGGCUCCAAAAAUGGCAAGAGGGUACAGUCCAACAUGGGUGCCAAGAACCAUGGAGUGGUGAUGCCUGAUGCCAACAAGGAGAACACUUUGAAUCAGCUGGUCGGUGCAGCUUUUGGUGCAGCCGGGCAGCGCUGUAUGGCUCUGUCUACUGCUGUCCUGGUCGGGGAAGCUAGAAACUGGCUGCCUGAACUAGUGGAAAAGGCAAAGAAGUUGAAAGUCAAUGCAGGUGACCAGCCAGGCUCUGACCUUGGCCCCCUCAUCUCCCCUCAGGCAAAGUCCCGGGUGUGUGACCUAGUCCAGAGUGGGGUGAAUGAGGGCGCCAAACUACUGCUGGAUGGACGGACUGUCCAGGUGAAAGGAUAUGAAAAUGGCAACUUUGUAGGACCCACCAUCCUUGCUGGAGUCAAGCCUCAUAUGAAGUGCUACACUGAGGAAAUCUUCGGCCCCGUCCUGGUUGUCCUUGAGGCAGACACGCUAGAUGAAGCAGUUGAUAUUAUCAACCAGAACCCAUAUGGAAAUGGCACUGCCAUCUUCACCACCAAUGGUGCCACAGCUCGUAGAUACACACACCGGGUUGAUGUUGGGCAGGUUGGAGUGAAUGUACCUAUCCCAGUUCCACUGCCAAUGUUCUCAUUCACUGGAUCAAGAGGCUCAUUCAGAGGUGAUACCAAUUUUUAUGGCAAACAGCAAAUUAGUAUUGAAUUUUGGAAUCUCCAGAGUAAAACUGAAAAGUUGAACACCCUGGUCAGAAACCGAACAAAUGAAAGAUGGAUGCCCAAGCUUAUCAAUUGAUGAAUAGCUCAACAAUACAUGAAAUAAUGUUGAGAUCAGUUAUGAACAUUAGACACUGAACCGAUUUACUUUUCCACUUUAUCCCAGGGCAUUCAGUUCUACACUCAAACAAAGACUGUCACCUCGCAGUGGAAGGAAGAAGAUUCAACUUUAUCAGGCCCAGCUGUUGUCAUGCCAACAAUGGGGCGCUAGGUUCAUGUUACUGAAAUGGCAAGCUGCAUGUUCAAUACACUCAGUCCUAACUUUUCUGAUCUGACUUGUGGAGAACUUGGGUGGGAGUGGGUGAGCAAGGAGCAGCUUAACCCUGUGUGGCUGGAAGAGGCAUGUACACAGAAUUGGAAAGGAGAGGUGAAACUGAUCACUUGAAUACCCUGGCAGCUUUGAACAUAUUUACUAAAUAAUGUCUCUACUUUGUUUUUGAUCUGCUGCAAAAACUCUUAAUUUCAAAUUGGGCAACAUGCCUGUUUAUAAAUGUAGCAAAAUGUUAAACAAAAAGGGUCUAAUUUUGAAUCCCUUCCAAUUUGAACUAUCGCUUGCUCCGUUUACUCUCCCAAGAUGUGAUUUACGUGUGCAUGCAAAAGUACCUGAUCUUCGCAGCUUGUUGAGAAUGUAACUGAAGGUUAGCUGAUUGAUUAGAUUGUGUUCUGCAAUUGUAUGUGGGCUGUAAUAAUUAUCACUAAAUAAUUUUAAAUUGGCUGUUACUCACUAUAUGGUCCCAGUAUGUAGAAAGGAAACCAUAUAGUUAUGAAAGGUACUUGCUUGUGAAAAGCAAAUGUGACUAAGAUUUUUUUCUAUAUAAAAUGCACUCUUAUAGUCAUGAAAAUGUGAUGCAAUUUUAAAUUCUAAAGUGUGUUAUACCCCAAUAGCCUUAAGGAAAUGAUUAAUCUUGGGAAAGAGUUUCAAACAAGUGCAGUCUGGCAAAAUUAGAUGGAAAUGAGCUCUGGUAGUGGCUCAGUUGCUUGUCUGGUGAGAUGCUGUGAAAGACAGGCCAAAAUGAACUUAAACUGGGACAUAAGAAGAACCAGAUCCCAUGCAGGGUAAGCAGCAGAGCCACAGUUAUAGUGACAUUGGCAGGGUUCUGGCUCAUGAUCAGUAUGUAGCAGCUUCUGCUGGAGAGGUGGAUAACAAGUUCUGAUCAUGUAGCACAUACCUGGAUAAUCACGAAAUAAAGUUAGACAAGAGCCUAAUUUCCUUUUCCUGUAACCUGCUCCUCUCUCUGUCCCACCCUCAGUUCAAACUACUACUUGCCUAGUUCACUUUCUCCAACAUUGUAUUUGGGACUAAUUCUCCAUUUUACCUCAUUGUCAUUGCUUGUUGUUGAUGUAUGAGUGGCAGUGUAGGGACGGUGGAAUCAAUUAACCUUCACUCCAACAAAGAACGGCAAUCUUCAGAACAAAACUGUGGGUAAUACUUAUGCAAGAACACUAAGUAAUGUUGUAAAAGACUUAAUUCAAAUCUUUUUUAACAUUGCUUUUUAUUUACAGCACUAUUCACAGUCUGUCUCAACCAAGCACAACUGAAUCUGAAUGCCACAGAUCUGCCAAAAACCGAUGAUAAGCUAAUCUUUGUCACGUCUGGUGGAAGUGACAAUAUUGUGUACAACUGGCAGGUUAAAUAGAUAGCACUUUCUGUUCUUUGUAUAACUAACGUGCUGCUAUCUUUAAGCAAUGUGGUUUUUGUACUCAAAGUUUCUAAUUCAUGUGGACAAUAAAUCUGACUUAUGUGCAGUAAUGUACAGUGCACUUCUAGACAGAUAUAACAGAAGAUAAGAUGGAUAUGCAUUUUUCCCCUUUCAGAUUGGGUGGGGGAGAGAAAAUUAUUUGUAUGUACAUGGGGCUGUAUAUUCUGUAUUUAAUCAUGUGGAACACAGUGCAGGUUGCAAAUUUUAAAAAAAAUAAAUUCUGUUUAUAAUUUU